GGCGCAGUCGCUGCUAGCAUCGGCGCUCGGCCGCCUGGUGACCUCAGCACAAGCGCCGACCAUGGAUCAGGUUCCUUCCACCGACGUAUGACCCGGCCUUGCAGUACGAGAACCAAUACUCACUACGCUGCCCUGCCACCUUCUUGAUCUCUUUCGUCCGGGAGUCGUUCAGACGACGAUUUGACUCUGCUGUUGUUGCACCUGAACGGUGUGGGUUGGCUCCAAUGUGUUCGCCGUGAAUCGAUCAUCCCAUCUUCUGGUCUCUCGACUGUCGUCACUCCUUUGUCCUCGGCCGCUUGCCGCCCAACAGCCAACAGCUUCGCGGCGCCGCCAACAGCACCUCUCGAAACAGCAGUAGGGCGCCCUGGAAUGUCCCUUAGCUGAGAAAUAUUCAUAUCAGCACAAUGGCCGAGUAUGCAUUCAUACACACGGCUGCACCCUGGGUCCAGCAUGGCUCAGGCAGCAUGACGCCCUCUCGGCUGCGGUCGCUGAGCCCCAUGCCGGCAAAGAAGGAAGUCACGAGAUCCAUAUCGACACCGCACCUCGCCAAAGCUGCCAGCGAGAGUGACGGCAUGAAUACGAUCCCAGACCCUCGAACACCCACACCUCAACCGCCGAUUUUGCGCCACAACUCGAGCGACUCGCACCCAGACCUUAGCCAGGAAGUCUCGACCCUCAGCACGAAGCUCAUCAAUGCGAUCAACCACUCGACCAUGCUCGACGACUCCUUGCAGCAGACACGACAUGAGCUGGAAGCGGCAAAGAAGCAGCUCGAGCAGCUGGAAGUGCAGGUGAAAGAUCACGAGCAGAAGAUUGCCAAAGGGCUGUUGGUCGAGAAGGUCGUGUACGAUAAGAUGGAGCGCCAAAUGUCGACAGAACUGCAGGAAGAGCGCAAGCGCCGCGCGGAGGCAGAGAGGCUGAAGCGCAACACCGACAGCGAGGUGGAGCAGCUGACAGCAGCGCUGUUUGAGGAAGCCAAUGUGAUGGUGGCAGCAGCACGCAAAGAGACAAAAGCUUCUGACAAGCGCAGCGAACAGCUCAAGCAGCAGCUUAGCGACGCAGAAGUGCUGCAGCACUCAUUGCAAGAGCAACUGCAAGAUCUGAAGGGCGUCAUGGAGAAGUUGAGCUCACAUGGCGGCGACGACGAAAGCAACAUCCUCGCAACAACCACGGCACCCUCAACACCAGGCAUCACCCCCGCCGACAAGAUGACGAAGCUGCUCGAAGCUACCAACCUGACGCCUAAUACGCCAGGCUCGGAAGAGUUCAGCCCUGAUCACCCGCUACACUUCUCACACCUAAUUCACCCCGUCCUGCGAUCCGAUUUGACAGCUUUCGAGGAGUUCCAGGCCAUGCUGAGGACGGUCCCUCGAUCUGCCCCUUCGAGCCGCGUAUCGAGUGGAAAUUACAGCAGCUUGAGCGUGCUCGGGCUUGGUUCACUGACAAACAGCUCGACAACCUCUUUACCGUCCUCGAUCAAAUCGCCCACCAACGGCAAUAACUCGCCCCGAGAGCCCGUCGCCAGCCAAGCGUUGACAAACUUGAAGGACGAGAAGUUCUACAAGCGGGCGCUUGCAGAAGACAUCGAACCCACACUUCGACUGGACAUUGCUCCAGGCCUCUCGUGGAUGGCGCGCCGCACCGUCGUCAGCAGUAUCACAGCAGGAUCACUUGUCGUGGAGCCGAACCCAGCUUCAACAUCUCGAUUUCGGGCACCAGUCCUACCGUGCUCGCUGUGUGGAGAAAGCAGGAAGGGCGACCAGUACGCGAGGAAGUACCGCUUCAAGACCGCUGAUAACGAAGACUCACAAAGAUAUCCUCUAUGCGACUGGUGUCUAGGACGCGUACGAGCAACCUGCGACUAUAUUGGGUUCCUCCGCAUGAUCGCGGCAGGACACUGGCGAGCAGAGACAGACGAGGAGAAGAAGAACGCUUGGGAGGAAAGCGUACGUUUGCGAGAGCGCAUGUUCUGGAACCGCAUCGGCGGCGGCGUAGUACCAGCCUUCAUACCCAUGCGAGAUAGUCCGCGCAGCUCCACCUUUGCCAAUACCGAUAAGAUACGGACGAGCGAGGAAUCGAAUCAGUCGAUGGAGAUCGCGGUCGAGGCACCGAAAAUCGAAGAUGACCCCUUCAAGGCUUCGAGUACGGACAAGGAGAAACGCGUAUCAAUAGGCAAGACCGUCAUCUCACCAGAGAUCAAGGAAACGCUUACCCAAGACGAGGAGAAGCAUGUCGAGGACAUGGUGCAGAAGCAGCUCCAAUCCGAAGUCCGCAGGUCUCUGGAUGCGAAACCUGUCACGGAGAAGCCUACACUACAGCGCCAGCGCUCGCACUCGAACCCACCACUCGCGCCACUAAGAAAGAAGGAUGAGCGAUUAAGUCUCACCAUCCCAGGGGCUUUCGAGUAGUAUAUUCACCCACACAGCAUUUCGUCAUUACAUUUGUUAGGUCCAGCAUUUCUACAGGCGCCCAAAACCUGUUUCCUUUGUCAGCUGUAUGCAUUGGGAUGGGAAUACCACGAAUCACGGCGUUUGAUGUCUAUGAUUCUGUUGAAGAGAGCGGUGGAAUAGGGUAUCAUUUUAGAGGCUCCUGCCUGGCUCAUCUAUAGUAAAUGCUCCGCUUAUGAGCGGUAAUGCACGUAUUUUCAACCGCCUUUC